GACUUGGACUGAAGUUAUAAGGGUGUGCCGUUGUCUUCGGAUCAGACGCACACAGACACUCAGACUGAAGAGGAAGAAAAGAGAAGAGCAGCUUCAUCCUGCCAGUGUUUCCUCGACACACAAAGGUUUAAAGAGUCUGUAGGUCGACCUGAAGAGUUCAGCAGGACCGAAAGGAAGGAGAAGGCAUGGCAUCAGGAGAGCAGGUUCAGAGGGAUCAAAUCGCUGAGGCUUCAGUGGAGGGGAUCCAACAGCCCCAGAGGGGAUUGAAUCUGCUUGCUGGUCCGCAACACACAGUGGACCCUCUCAGGGUCCAGAGGCGUGAUCUGAUGAAAUAUUCCUGUCAACUCACACUGGACACAAACACAGCACACAGAAACCUCAAACUGUCUGACAACAACAGGAAGGUGACAUGGGAGGAGGAGAAGCAGCCAUGUGCUGAUCAUCCAGAGAGAUUUGACAACUGUUGUCAGCUGCUGUGUAGAGAUGUUCUGACUGGUCGCUGUUACUGGGAGGUCGAGAGGAGAAGAGGAGGGGUUUCUGUAGCAGUGAGUUACAGAGGAAUCAGGAGGAGAGGAAACAGUGAUGGUUGUAUGUUUGGAUGGAAUGAUCAGUCCUGGAGUCUGAACUGCUCUGAUGAUGGUUACUAUGUCUGUCACAAUAACAGCAGAACAGUCCUCCCCAUCUCCUCCUCCUCUAUCUCUAGAAGAGUAGCAGUGUAUGUGGACUGUCCUGCUGGCAUUCUGUCCUUCUACAGAGUCUCCUCUGACUCCCUGAUCCACCUCUACACCUUCAACACCACAUUCACUCAACCUCUUUACCCUGGGUUUGGGUUCUGGUUAUAUGGUGCCUCAAUGUCUCUGUGUUCUCUGUAG